AUCGUAACUUUUCUUCACAAAUUUAGAUAAAGGAUCGGUGCCGCUGGCUCUCAGUGCUCUUGAAGAUGGCGGAAAUAAGCUUAGAAGAAGCUGAAAGGUGCAACUACAAUAGGCAAAACCAGUUGAAAGCUUUCGAUGAAACAAAAUCAGGUGUGAAAGGACUCGUAGAUUCAGGUUUAUCAAAGGUCCCAAAGAUUUUCAUCAACCAACAGUUGAAGCUGGAGAGAAACAACAUCCAAAAACAGGAACCUUUAACCUCCAUCAAUGGCGGAAUCCCGAUCAUAGACUUGACCCGCCUUGACGAAGACCCGGAUUUACGACGCGGAAUAGUGGAAACAGUUGGGGAGGCAUGCGAGAAAUGGGGUUUCUUCCAAGUUAUCAACCAUGGGAUUCCGGUGACGACUUUGGAUGCGAUGAUCGAUGGGAUCCGAGGGUUUCAUGAACAAGAGAAUGAAACUAAGAAAGAGUAUUAUUGUCGAGAUUACACAAGAAAGGUGAAUUAUAAUAGUAAUUUCGAUCUUUAUUGGGCGGAAACAACCAAUUGGAGGGAUACCUUGACUUGCGUUAUGGCACCUCGCCAACCUCUUCCUCAAGAACUGCCCAUAAUUUGCAGGGAUAUAUUGAUAGAAUAUUCAAAUGAAGUGAUGAAAUUAGGGCAGACUUUGCUGGGGUUGAUGUCGGAAGCAUUGGGUUUGAAGCGAGGUUAUAUGGAAGAGAUUGGAUGCGGUGAGGGGCUGUUUAUGGUGGGCCAUUACUAUCCGCCGUGCCCAGAACCGGAGUUGACGUUGGGAACCAGCAGCCACACCGAUAGUGGCUUCUUCACGGUGCUUUUACAAGAUCAAAUCGGUGGACUUCAAGUCCUCCACCAAAAUCAAUGGCUUGACGUUGACUUCAUCCAUGGGGCUCUUGUUUUGAAUUUGGGCGAUAUGAUGCAGUUAAUAUCCAAUGACAAAUUCAAAAGUGUUCAUCAUAGAGUGCUUACAAAUAAAAGAGGUCCAAGAAUUUCAAUAGCAAGUUUCUUUAGAACACAUCUUCCACCUGAGAAUGCUUCAAGGCUUUAUGGACCAAUCAAGGAAUUGGUAUCUGAAGAAAACCCUCCACUUUUUAGGGAAACUACUAUCAAAGACUUUGUCUCAAGCUACUACUCAAAAGCCCUUGAUUCUUCUACUCUUCAAUACCUCCGGCUAUGACUUCUUCCUCA